CCGGUACCAGUCCUUUUCCUCCGACCUCGCCAGGGCCUGGGCUUCGGCUUCCCAGCACCUGCGCCAUCAUUCCUUACCUCCAGCUACUCCGUCCGCAUCAUCAUUCUACCCACCCGGAGGAACAGCCGCAUAUUCCACGUCUUUGUCUCUCCAAGCCUCAUCUUAGUCAUCAACUGUAAUCCUUCCCUUCCCAAAUUUGUUCCCUUUCCUGUCUUCGCCUCCAGACUGACAGCCCCCACAUACAUACGCAAGCAAGCAAACCGUUUUCAUUCACCCAUGCGCUCUCUGUUAGGAAAAGGAUUUUUUCUCUCCUUUGUCGUACACACACUUCCGUCUGCUUUAGGGCCUAACUCUCACUGAAAAAUUUUUUUUCUCUCGCCUUAAUCAAGACGUUUGAGCUUUAUCUAUAGCUACCCCUGUAAGGUUCCUGGUCUCUUGAGGUUUAGGAUUUCUUUCGCUUCUUCGUUUGUAUCUUAAUUCUGACUCAGAUUCCCAGCUCUGAGUCAGGAGGAGAGAGGGGCAUCUUGUGCCUUUGGGAGAAGUGUGUUUUUUUUUCCCGAGGGGAGAGGAAUUUUGCAGACCAUUAAGUAUAAACAUCAGCUCAUAAAAUUUCAUUUUUUUCUGGGGAGUAAAAUGGGAAAUUUGUAUAACUUGCUGUUUUGCAAAGCACAAUUACAUGCAUUAAAUUCAUUCAGUCCUCUCGAAGAUCCCAUGACGUAUGUAGGCUUUAUUAUUGCCCAUUAUUUAGAUGCUGCUGAGGCUUAAUGCAGAGAAUUACAGAGCCAUUAAGUCAUAGAAUUGAGACAGAACCCAGAUUUUUUUUUUUUUUUUAAUUGUGUGACAUUUUGGAACUAGAGUCUUGGGGGUAUAUAACCCCCAAAUCAUAUAGAGUUGCUUCUAGAAACUUCACAUUUAUACUUGGAAUUUCAGUUUUAGGAGAGUUCAACAAAUAAUGAAGUACUCUUCAGAUAAUGAAGCCUGACAGAAAUGGCCUGAGGUUCAUAGCCUGGCUCCCUGCUCAACUCUAAAACUAUCCCCUACUCCCACUCUGACACAGAGCUUGUCAUAGCCAGAAGCAAAAUGUUGGCAGAAACCGAGCUCCCUUUUUUUCUUAACAGCCUCUCUGAGUGUGGGGUUCAUGGGCAAGUGAACAUUAAAUGCAUAAGAGACUACGAAGGCCUCAAGUGUAAUCAUGGUACUUUAUAUUUAGGAAACUGAAGCCCCAAGAGCCUGUGACUUGACUAAGCUCAGCUAACUCGUAUGUGAUGGAGCCAAGAUUCCACUCCAAGUCUUUAGGCUCCCAAGUCCGAUAUUACUGUCACUUCACCAGUCCUCUCUUUCAGCUUAAUGUUUUGGCCUGCAAGGACAUAAAACCACUAUGGAAGGAGAGGUCAGGAUUACAACCGAGGAGACUGGCACACAGAGUGUUAAGGGACACCCACUCAAUCCACCCUGAAGCUGUUACAAUUAAUUAACCCUCAAACUGCCUGGUGAGAUAGUUUACAGGCUGGUGACCUACAUCUUUGUCUAUGAGAAUCCAGUCUCCCUGCUCUGUGGUGCUAUCAUCAUCUGGCGCUUUGCUGGCAAUUUUGAGAGAACCGUGGGCACCGUCCGCCACUGUUUCUUCACCGUGAUCUUCGCCCUCUUCUCCGCUAUCAUCUUCCUGUCGUUUGAGGCCGUGUCAUCGCUGUCGAAGCUGGGGGAGGUGGAAGAUGCCAGAGGUUUCACCCCAGUGGCUUUUGCCAUGCUGGGCGUCAACGCUGUCCGCUCUCGGAUGAGGAGGGCCCUUGUGUUUGGCAUGGUUGUACCCUCAUUGCUGGUGCCAUGGCUCCUGCUGUGCGCCUCCUGGCUUAUUCCCCAGACCUCUUUUCUCAGUAAUGUCUGUGGCCUUGGAAUUGGGCUAGCAUAUGGCGUCACAUACUGCUAUUCCCUCGACCUAUCAGAGCGAGUAGCAUUGAAGCUCGACCAGAAGUUCCCCUUCAGCCUGAUGAGGAAGAUUUCAAUGUUCAAGUAUGUCUCAGGCUCUUCAGCUGAAAGGAGAGCAGCCCACAGCCGGAAGCUGAACCCUGUGCCCGGCUCCUAUCCUACACAGAGCGGCCACCCUCACGUGCCCCCGAGCCACCCUGUUGCCCAGAUGCAGCAUGCCAGUGGCCAGAAACUAGCCUCCUGGCCAGCCUGUGCUCCUGGGCAUAUGCCCAGCCUGCCUCCCUACAAGCCUGCCUCUGGCCUGUGUUAUGUGCAGAACCAUUUUGGCACAGCCCCUAACUCUUUCGGUGUCUAUCCGGCUUCUGCAGGGGCCUCCCUGGGGGUUCAGCCCCCUGCCCCCCUCAACUGCCCUGGCACUGUGUAUUCUGGGGCCCUGGCCACUCCACCAACUACAGGCUCCAAGGAGGGCACAAGGGUCCUGAUCCCCUAAUGGGGAAGUUAUCUCACAGGAAGUUAUCUUGGCCUCUGAAGAAGGUCCUCUCCGAGCUAAGGUUUUCUUGACAAAAAAAUUAUUUAUUGAACACCUCUAUGUGCCAGGCUCUGUGUUGAGUACUUUGAUAUAUGUCCCUAUUUCCUGUCCUGCCUCCCAAAGAACACCUGGGAGAAGAGGGCAUUGUCAGUGGCUGCCAGUGGCUACCUGCAGCUCUGCAUUUCCUUCCUGUGACUGUGUGUAGUGCUCUUGGUUAUACAGUGUCUGUGUGUCUGUGUCUGCCCUUCGGGAGCUCCCAGCUAGUGUGCUUGGUGGUCCCCAGGCCUCUGUUGUUUCUCCCCCACAGUGACCACCACACCCCCACCCCAGACUUGUGGUGAGAAGGGCCGGUGUGAACCACAACAGCAUGCUGGUAGAUCCAUAGUGUCGAUUACCUUUGUAUAAAGAAAAAUCUUCUGACAUGCCUUUGGUCUGUGGUCUGUGCUCUGGCUGGGGAAUAUGGAGAGCAGGAUUUGGCAGUGGUGAUGCAGGGUGUGAUGGCAAAGAGGAGAAAUAUAUCAGGGGUCAAGUCAGGCCAGUGGCCUCCACCCAGCAGGGAUCUGACAUGGGGAAUGAGUUGCAAAGGUGCUGGGUGAACUGAAAGGGCAAACAAGGUUUGGCAACCCUGAGAUUGGUGACAGCAAGAAGCUACUAGUGCUCUUAGGGUGGAGGGGGUAUUACCAGAGCUCCAGGUAGGACUACCACGAGGACUGCCUGGCGAGACCGUGUACCAAGUAGUGACGGGCACUGGCAAUGAUGACAUCUAAAGCAAGAUUGGAGGAGCAGAACCCUAGCUUUUCUGCCUGUCACCUAACAUCAGGGUCUCCCAUGGGACAGAUGAACCAGGAACCUGUUGGCAAAUGAGCCCAGGAAAUGUAGUUUGGGUUGGAGAGUAGCCCCUCUGAUGCAGGACAGGAAAAGACAGGAAUGUGAGCCAAAAGGUGCCUGACCAGCCUAAGGAGAGCUCAUUGCUUCUAAUAAGCCAUCAGCUGGAGUGCCUUGUGGUGGGCUCACAUGGAGAAAGGCCAAGUUGCAGAUAUUUCAAUGGAUAUAACACAUGACCUUCAUUUAUUCUAGGCACUGGAUAGCGUGCUCUAGGCUGGCUCUUUGAUAGGUCCUGAGUAUUAGAAGUGGAUAAGAUACUUACAAAUCCAUCCACCCACAUUAGAGCAGGCAUCGUUAGGCACCUGAGUGGCCAACACUGGGUGACAGGGGUGGAGGAUGUAGCUGGAUAGUGAAGUAGGAUCACCAGUCAAGGAGUUGGGUGCCGAGAAUAUAGCUGGGACUUGUCUGCAGUCACAGAGCAAGGCUGUCAGGGCCUGGCUUAUGGCCUCUGUCUCCAACUGCACCUGGUACCUUUCCUAUAGUGUCAGUGAGUAUGGGCUGUCGUGUGUCCCUUAGACGUUUUUCCUCCAGUCUCAGGCCUGUACCUGAAGCAGAUAAGAGGGCCACUUGUUCCUAGUGUGGCAGAGUGACAUCCCUUGUGUCUGUCCCUCCUGCAUGGACUAUGCUGUGGAGCUGCAGAGGCCCUGGGCCUUGGAGAUGGUCUGGCUGGGGGACCAUUUCACAGGUCCCUGAGUAGCAGAGCUGUGAGGGUCCUCCGAGGCCUUUCAGUCCAACAGUCUCACCUACCUCUGGUUUUACUUACACGGUGUUCCAGGAAGGCAGGAUGGCGCUUGGCAGAGCAAACAGUAGCUGCUCCUGACUCGGGCCCCUGCCACAACUGCUGCUCUGAGACUGGAUCUUUGUUUCCCUGGACUUCCCUUGGUCUGGCCACAGCUAACAGCAGGCAGCCUGGAGCCAGGUAAGAGGGGGGCCAUUUCUCCCCUCAGUAUUAGAGGAUCUAUAGGGGAUCCUUAACCUCUCCCCUGUUUGCUUGUUGAAUCAUCCACCAGUGUGUCUUAUGUCGGAAAACACUGAGUGUGUGCCAAGCCUCAGGCUGGGGCUAGAGACUGAGAUGAAGGUCCAAAUCUAUCCAGACCUUUGUGGGCAGAGAACCACAAACACGAGGCUGUCAUUCAAUAAAUAUUUGUUGAACGAA